UGUUAGAGUUGUAUUCAAAGAAAGUUGGAAGAAAGUUCCUUUGGUAUAUUUUCCUUAAAUGUAUCUUCCUGACUUCAGUACUUACAGAAUGGGAAAUCUUGGUACUUAUCGCGGUUUGAAGCAAAUUCACUUGGUUUGGAGAAUUUUGUGUCUAGCUCCCUGGACCAAAUUCCAUAAGUGUUAUUAUAUUUGUAUGAGUAUAAUUUUGGGCUUCAAUAUGUUCUUAAUGUCAACGAUAAUCCUGGAUGUUGUAUUCUGUGGAAACUUUAGGUGUGCUUUUAACAAUGUGACAUAUUACCUCGCUCUCGUAUGCAAAGUCAUUCAAUAUUUGGUGAUGCUUUUGGUUCAAAAGAAGCUCUUUCAAGUGGACAGACUAUUUCAUAUCCUAGAUGAACAUGUGGUUUUACCGGAAGAUCAAGUAGUGGCAAAUAAAGCAAUUGAAAAAGGCCAGCGAAUACUCAAGUAUUUCUUGAGUGCUUGCCUACUUUCCGUAUAUUGCAAAAUAGUGGGAUUGCUUUUCACUUCAGGCCAGGUACCUAUAUUACCGUUAUGGUCUCCAUUUGAAGACUACUUCGUUAUAAAAUUGCUGUAUGAUUCUACCAUUGGACACUUGAUAAUACUUCAAACUAUUGCCAACGACAUGUACGCACCAAUUUGUUUUCUAUUGUUGAACGCACAUUUGAAAAUUCUAUCUCAGCAAUUAUUGCGUGCAGGUUGUGGAGAACAGGAAUAUCCUACUCAAUCAAAUAUAUCCACCCUUGUUAAAUGCCACGUCACCAUUUUGAAGAUUUAUAAAAUUUUAGAUGAAACUAUCCCGAAAAUGUUCUUUGUGGUACUUCUGAUUGCUAGUAUUCUACUCUGCAUUUCAAUUACAUCUAUAAUUACAAACAGUCUGGAACCCUCGGACAUAAUAUUUACUGUGGGAUUAACUUCCAUACUCAUGUUUCAAAUAUUACCAAUUUGCGUUCUGGCUCAUCAAUUUCAAUCGUUGAGUGAGGAAGUUGCAGAUGCGGCAUACGCCAGUAAUUGGCCUGACCAGGAUCGUGCCUUCAGACGUGCAAUACUUUUAAUUAUACAGAGGGCACAAAACUGCAAACCGAUUGUAGUGUGCGGAAUAGUGCCGAUAAAUUUGCCGACUUUUCUCAGUAUUGUACGGUGCGCCUACUCUUUCUCGGCAAUUUAUAGUAUGAUGAAUUAGUUAAAAUUUGAAGAAGACAUCAUUGAUAUUACCCUGGUAUACGAUUGCACAUCACUUGAAUUUAAAGUUUAUAGAUAUUUGCUGUAAUUAACACUUAUAAAAAUUGUUGAAUUAUUCCGCAUUAACAUUCGUAAAUUAUUCGAGUUGCUUAUAUAUUUGCAAAUAAAAUCUUCAAAAAUUAUUUCAGGCGAUCCUCUUAAUAUUCCAUAUCACCCUUCGUAAGUAAGGGACUCCAGACAUCCCAGUUUUG